AUGGAUUUUAUUCCAUAUAUACUGCUGAUUCCCAUAGCCUUCGUUCUGGGUACCACCGAUUUGGCGACCUCCUGCCAAGAUAAUAAUUGCACCAGUGCAGAUACGGAUGCCAAUUCCUCAGAUGAAAGUGACUUGGCUUUACUUGGUGUGGACCCCGACAUCAGGGAGCUCCACUUAGACCACUGCAACAAUCUGACAAUCCUGGAACUCACCCCGAAUCUCCGUACCUUGGAGAUAUUCAAUUGCUCCUGGAUUCGUUUAGAGAUAACCAAGCUCAGGGCGGUGGGCAAUCUAAGAUCUCUUUAUUUUCGGAACAGUUCGCUUCUGAGACUGGGCAAGGAGAUGUUUGUGCAAUUGCCCCAUCUGGUGAUCCUCGGGCUGGGAGGAAACAAAAUAGCGAUUGUCUCCCCAGACGCCUUAAAAGGACUAACCCAGCUGUGGAUGCUAUCCUUAAACGACAACAGCUUAGUAUAUUUUGAAGAUAAAGUAUUCCACCCUCUUGCUGAACUACGUCACCUAGACCUCAGCAACAAUGGGAUUUUUAAUCUACCAGACGCCAUUUUCGAUAAGAACCCCAAGUUGCAGGUAUUGCUCCUCAAUGGAAAUCGUUUGUUAAGCAUAAAUCCAUAUACUUUGGCCAUUCUUAAGAAUCUUAUACUGUUGGUUCUCAGCCAUAACGCCAUCAAUGAGAUGCAAUUUCUCAGCUCGGAGACCAUAAUCAUCGACAGCAGCAGGGUCUACAGAAUGCAUGUUUUAGGCAAUGUCAGCAAGUUCCAGGCAAGAAAUAAUUUUUUGGAAUAUCUGGAAUUUGAGCAACAAUCUUCUGUCACCGAACUGGACCUGCAUGGGAACAAACUGACAACGGAGGACAUGUCUAUCAUUCUCAAGGCAAUGUGGAGGCUUCAACGUCUAGACCUUUCCGCAAACCUUGCUAAAGAGUUACCAACAUUUGACAAAGUGUUAGAAGUGUACCUCCUGCCCAGUCUGAGCUUUGUCAACAUAUCUAGCAACCUUUUGGAGCAUCUAAACGGCGAUUCGCCUUUGCUGUCCCCCAGUCUCUCCCACUUGGAUCUGUCGUACAACAGAAUAUGUGAGAUGGAUCCAAAUAUCUUUAGCUUAGUAUACAAUCUUCAAAGCCUACACAUUGAGGGUAAUCGCCUCGACCACUUCCGCUACGAGAUCUUUCACAAUCAGCAACAAGGACUGAAGGAGGUGGCGCUCUAUGACAACGAGAUCAGCUAUGAAAGUUACAAACAGAUAACUCAAUAUUUCAGGGAAGCAGGUGUCCAUGUUCUUGACCAGAAAGGACUCACUUCCGUGAAGAAAGAGUCGUCAAUGGAGAAAUGUGUGCGGGCUGAAAAGGACAAUGAUAAUCUAAAGAUUCAUUCUCACUCUAAAGAGGAACUUGAUCUAUGGGAGAGCACCGAGUCAGUGCAUCGACAGUUUAACACAUUUAGAAAAUUGAGCUUAUGGAAUAUCCUAAUCUUUUUAAGCCUAUUGGGUGCUUUGGCACUCAAUGCGAUUUUGGUCUUACAACUCCGGCGUUAUAGAGGUAGGUUUGAAGACAAUAGCAAUCUUCUGUAAUGAAAUGUAAGGCAGGAGAAAUAUAAUAUUAUAUAAAUCUAAAAUCGUUAUAUACCCUUAUUUAAAUUAUAAAAAAAAUG